GACGGGUCAAUUUCUACGUUGGACUUUGACACACACAGUUAGGUUUUGUUUUCUUUCAGGAGAGAGUUUGUAGUAUUGUACUCCUGCCUUUUCAGAACUACUAUGAGCUCAUUCUUUUCCUUAAUUUCUAGUCCUUGAAAAAACAAAUCUCUCCCCAUAAAUGUAAACCUCAUAUAUUUCCAGCAAAGUGUAUAUAGGUUUGACUUGAUAUUUGGGGGAAUAUAUGUUCUACAUAUGUAUGUUGAGUUUGGAGAAAAGCAAGUUGCAUCUUCAUAUCUCUUGAGUCUACCAAGUUGUGGUCUCUAUAUUGAAGUAUAAACUCAUACUUACGAUGUGAUGAUUGUCGAUCGAUGUCUAGCUAGUUUCGCGAAAAAGAUCCAAAGGAGUGAAACAACAACAAAUGGAGGAUAGAGCAAAAUCGGGUUUGAAUUUGUUCAAGGAUAUUGGAAAGGGAGAUAUUGAUGAUGAAAGCUGUACCAGGACUAAAACAAGCACCGGAAGUUCGAGCAACAGCAUCGUUGACGAUAGUUCAACGACGACAACUAUGGAGAAAAAGAUGAACUCGGGCGGAUCAAGUAGUACUACUGGGGUCAGACAGUAUGUAAGAUCUAAGAUGCCAAGGUUGAGAUGGACUCCGGAUCUUCAUCUGUGCUUUGUUGAAGCCAUUGAGAAGCUUGGAGGCCAGGAAAGAGCUACACCUAAACUAGUUCUGCAACUCAUGAAUGUCAAGGGCCUUAACAUUGCUCAUGUAAAAAGCCACUUACAGAUGUACCGGAGCAAGAAGAUUGAUGAUCAAGGCCAAGUUAUAAAUGAAAGAGGGUUUCUUUUCGGGAGACCAGAUGACUUUCUAAUGAACAAUAGUACUUGGCAAUUUCCAACACUUGAUCCAGGAAUUUGGUCGCGAUUGAGAUUUAAUAGAGAAGACUGGAGAAGCAACAAUGAUAUAAAUUGGACAACCUCUCCAGGCUGUAGUACUAGGCAUGUGAAUAUGAUCAAAAGGGGUGUUUUUGCAGAAGAUGUUUAUGGAGGUUUUUACCAAAACAAAGCAAAUGGUUCCAUUUUUACCCCACAAGAGAGCAAUAAAGCUCAUGAUAAUUCGUGGCAAGAGUUUGCAUUAUUGCAUGAUCGACCCAAAAUUAAUCAGAGCUUUGUCCGGUCAUCGGUGUUAGAACCCAUUCCAAAAUCCCAGCUACAAGGUAUAGAAGAUAGAGUGAUAAGAAGCACAAUCACUAGUGAAGUUAGACCGGAGAAAUUCAUUCAUCCGGCCAAGAGAAAAACUCCGGAAAGUGGGAUUGAUCUGAAUCUGUCUUUAGGUAUGAGAAACGACCAAGAAAGUGGCAAAAGAGCGCGAGGUAGUCAUCGGAUUGUGGAGGUGGAAGAGGAAGAAGUGGAUAGCAGUUUGUCACUUUCUCUAUUUCCCGAGGCUUCUACAAGAGAAAAAGCUUGUUCAGUUUUAGAUUACUCUAAGUUUAGAGGGUUGAAUAACAAUCACGAAGGUAGUAACUUUAGGAACCCAACAUUGGCGAGUACUCUUGAUCUGACUAUAUGAAUUUACUCGUAUAAAUUCUAGUGAGAUCUUGCUGGUACUCGCACAAUAGGGUUCUUUUCAAUAUUUUUCAUUUUCAUAUGAGGAUAUUUCUUUUGGAGUAACUUUGGUUAAAUUGAAGGUUAAAAUCUCUCUACUUUGAAUUUCACUAAAUUGUAUCUAUAUCAUUUUUAGUUAUGGCUUACUUAAAAUGACUUUUGUCAAUUUUAGAUUCUCUUGUUAAUAAAAUCCAAUAGCUAUAUAUGAUCCAUAUAUGUAACGCAACCGCCUUCUU